CACAAGAGCCCAAACAAGGAAUUGAACAAAAUAGACCACAGGUUCAGACUGUUUGGUGUCUAUUACCAGUGUGACAUUACAAUUACAUCCCCGGAAGAAGCUGCAGAACAAGGACUAACAUCAGUGAAGACGGUCAGCGGUCUCUUCAUAUAAACCCCAGCUCAGGACCAGCUCGUCUCUUCUUCUGGUUGCCACAACUGAGGCGGUGCUUGGCGUGAAAGGGGCAGGUGAAGAAAGUUAUCAGGACAGGAUUUUAUUUUAUUUUUUUACAAGUCUGCCCUUCUCUCUGGCUUAAAUCCAUGCACGCAUAUUUUUAACCUCAAAAGGACAUACAUAACAUACUGUUGUUUUUAUCUUGAAGGGCAAUGGCUGACACUUUGAGGAGACUGACCAACACCUCUUCAUUCAGUGUUUUACAGGACAAGCUCGAAACCUGGCACAGUGACUACCACGCACUCUCCUGUGACCAGAAUUUGAACCGAUGCUGUGAAUUGAUUGAGCUAACCGCGAAAAUCCAAGGUCAACUCUUUGCUAUUCUCAACCUGACAGCUGCAGAAGGUGGACAGUAUGGCGGAGUGGAUACCCUCAAAUCACGUCUCCUGCCAUGGCUUGGAAGCUGUUUUUCAAUGGCAAGACCUUCUGUUUCUGAUGACACCAGUUUACAGCUUAUGCAGGACUCAAUGGAGAAAGACAGGAAACUCCGGGAGCUUUCUUUCUCUCAUGACAGUGACAUACAAAAGAUGGAGGCUCAACUGUGCUCCACACGAAUACAACUAGACUCAGUCAGAGCGGAAUUGGCUGAAGCUCACAAUGAACUAGAUGAUACAAAAAACAAAUCUGCAACCACUUUGCUGGCAACAGAAGAUGAGAUUAUACAACUUAGAGCAGACUUGCGUGCGGCUCGUGAUGAAGUGGAGAUCUAUAAGAGGAAGCUGAGCGCCAUUGAUGACUACGAGCGACAGAUACGAUUACUUCGGGAUGAAGUGUCUUACCUCACCACAGAGAAGGCCAUGCUGCAGGAGAGGCUGGUUCGGAGUCGCUCCCCCAGCCCUUUGCCCAGACUGAGCCGCACGUCCAGUCCCAUCCGGAGUGAGUCUCCGACCAGGGCCCAGCUCACGCACUCAUCCAGACACGCUCGCCUCGUGUCCCGCUUCAGUGACCUCUAUGCCGUGGAGAGACUGGAGGCACAGACCAUACUGCGACGCUAUGUGGACGAUUUAGAGAUGGUCCAAAAAAUCAUCUUCAUUGCUGCUGUGGAAUCCUUCAGAGUAACGAGAAUGGCGUACCGUCAGUUCAAACUGCGAGUGAGAAAAACUCUCGCUUCAACUCAUUUUGGUCCUGAGAGUUUGGAGGAUGCUGCUGUCGACUAUAUCGUCCGAAAUCUUGACCUAUAUGAUGUACAAGCCAGUGUAAAUGAUGUGAUCAAUGCCAUGAAUGUGAAUCCUCGCAUCUCGUUCCCUCCGGAGACAGACUUUGUGCUCAUCAGUACUCUGAUCAGAGAGACCUGUAGAGUGGCUUUUGCCAUGCAGACACUAGAGCCACCUCUUGAUGUGGCCUUCGCAAGUGAUGGGGAGCUGUACAAUGAACUCAGGUAUCGUCGCAGCUAUGACUCUGAGUUCUCCGCUCCUCUGGUCCUGUACCAUGUGUGGCCAGCUCUAAUGGAAGGAGACAUUGUAAUAGUGAAGGGUGAAGCUGUUACUCGCAGAGGUGCUAUGUGGACUAGAAGCCGCAGCAGGAGUAGGAGUGCCAGCCCAGUGCGCUCCAGAUCUCUCAGUCCAUCUCGCAGCCUUGCAUAUAACAGCCGAAGGAGCCUCUCACCUGAGCAACUGAGAGCUAGCCACUUGUGAUCACCAACCUCUCUUGUCUGCUGUAUGGAGUAUUACCAAACCACAAAAUAAUAAAGUGGAAUUCUGAUUCUUGUGCAUAAGGAUUUACAUCAAAGUUGCAGCAUGUUUAUGACAGCUUCCCAAAGCUGGCAGCUAACAGACCAAGACCUUGUUUACUUAAUUCAUCCGUGUUUGGUAUAAGAUGUGCAGUGAUUGAGUUUUAUAGUUUGGUAUUUUCAUUCCUGCACAGUAGCACUUUUAGUAGCAUUUAAACACAUACCUUUACAAACCUUAAUUUUCCUCAUUUAUAGACCUUAGUAUGUAGCUUGUAUAGUGUUAAAUGGUGCUAUUGGUCAGUUUGACUUCCUCCAUGACUGUGUUCUUGUGAUGUUUA